AGAUGACGUGCUUUACCGAAUCUUUUGCUCGUCAUUCUUUUUCUCUAAUCUUGGGUGUAUCUGGCUGGUUGCUGCAUUUUCAAUUCUGUGAAAUGAUGCCAUUUUUCCUGUCUCGGUUUACUAUCCAAUAAUUACAUAGGUGGACACUUUCGAAAAUGCACUUUGCAUGAUGCUAAUUGUUGUUUAUAGUGUUCACUUUGUGGUUUAUGCUUUGAUUAAUGGACUAUUUUCUCAUUACCUGAUGAGUUCAAUAUGCUGAGUAACUUUAUACAGCAUGUGGAAGAUGGCUGGGGUUAAACGAAGAGAAAUUGCUGAUUUGGAUGCCCAUGCUUUCCAUAGAGAACUGGAUGAAGUCUCAUGUCCAAUCUUCAUCGAACAUCCGCAGGAUGCUGUUCUCCUCUUGUGCAGCUCUUAUGAGAGGGGUUGCAGAUCAUACAUCUGUGAUACAAGUUACAGGAAUUCAAAUUGCUUAGACCAGUUUAAGAAAUUAAACCCACUGAAUUCUAUUACUUCUGAUAUGAACUUGAGAACGGAGUUUAUUGAAGGUAAUGAAAGUCAAAAUCUCGAUGAAAUAAAUAUCAAUUCACUUGGAGAAGGCAUUGUAGAUUCAGGGGAAUCUUUUAGGAGAAGAGUUGAAUUUGAAGUAGAUGCAGGGAAUACAUCAAACUCUAAAUCUAGUUUGAAAUGCCCUUUCUGUGGAGGGAACAUAGUCGGCUGGGAGGUUGUGGAAGAGGCCAGAAGAUAUCUAAAUUUGAAGAAGAGAACUUGUUCCAAGGAAUCUUGCUCCUACAAUGGGAAUUACCAGGAGUUGCGUCGGCAUGCCAGGAGAGUUCAUCCAAUGACACGACCUUCAGAUAUUGAUCCGUCCAGAGAACGAGCCUGGCACCGCCUUGAGCACCAAAGAGGAUAUGAUGACACCGUAAGUGCUAUUCGAUCUGUCAUGCCAGGUGCAGUUGUGGUUGGAGACUAUGCCAUUGAGGAUGGAGAUAGGUUGGCUGGCGAAAGAGAGAACGGCACUGGUGAAGUGAGUACGCCAUGGUGGACUACUUUCUUUCGGUUUCAGAUGUUUUUUUCAGCUGAUGGUGUCGGUGAACCUAGAGUAUGGUCAAGGCAUCGACGCCUCGGAGUAGCCUUAUCCGAGCGUAGGUUUCUCUGGGGUCACAGUCUCUUGGGGCUGCAAGAUGAGGAUGACGAAGAUGAUGCACACAUAUUAAGCGAUGUAGGUAAUGAUGCAUUUCCGAUCCCAAGAAGGCGUAGGCGACUGACGCGGCCGAGGUCAGAAGAAGAUCAGUCAUGA